UGAGACGGUUCACGCUGGAUCCACGCGCGGUGGCCCUUUAUUCGGUCUUGUCAAAGUUUGUGAUUGCUUGUUGCUGUCACCACUAAAAAGUGUAUGCCAUGAGCUCCAAAAGAGCAUCAGAUGAGCGGGACAACACUGACAAGAAGAAAAAGAAGAAGAAGAGUAGCUGCGAGGUGAAGGCGGAGCUGUGUGCAGGUGUGGGGGAUGAGCAGGUGAAGAGGACCGUGCAGGAGGCUUGGAGCCGGGGGACGCCCUGCAGCCAGGGAGAUUUGGAGUUGCACUGCCACCCUUUCCCUCACUGCAUCAUCAAGAACUUCCUCAGCAGCAAAACCUUCGUUGAAAAUCUCCAGAGUGAGCUGCUUGAACUCAACUUCCAUGAGAAGUCAAAUGAUCUGUACAAAUUUAAACAGUCAGAUGACUUGAGGAAGAGAGAAGAGCCUCAUAUCGCAGGACUGAGGGCUGCUCUGUUUGGGCAUUUCCGUUCCUGGCUCGGGGAAGUCUUUGGGGUUAAACUAGAACCCACGGUGGAUAUUUCUUGUGCUAAAUAUGAAUACACAGAUGUUCUUUUGUGUCAUGAUGAUGAGUUGGAGGGGAGGCGCAUUGCUUUCAUUUUGUAUCUUGUGCCUCCAUGGCAGAGCAGCGACGGGGGCACCCUCGAUCUUUACACAACAGACAGUAAUUUCCAGCCACAGAGUAUUGUGAAGUCACUUGUACCCUCCUGGAACACACUCGUCCUCUUUGAGGUUUCACCAGUCUCCUUUCACCAAGUGUCUGAAGUUUUAUCACAGGACAAGUGCCGUCUGUCUCUGAGUGGCUGGUUUCACGGACCGUGUUUGGAACGGCCCACUCGUUACAGAGAACCACCCAUCCAGAGGAAUCCGCAUUUACCGAGAGACGAGACAGUGCUGCUGGAGUGGGUCAAUCCUGUCUACUUGGACAUUUCCCAGCAAGAGAGAAUUCAGGAGGAGUUUGAAGAUAAUUCUGAAAUCCAACUCAAAGAUUUUCUCAGGGAGGAGAAAUUCAUAGAGGUGAAAGAAGCUCUACGACUGGCUGCGAUUCAAUGGGGGAAAAAAAGUCCACCAAAUAAGAGGUGUUAUGAAGUGGCUUCUCUGGACUCCUUGCCUGAGUGUGUGAGUGGCUGUUGGGAGCUGCUACACUCAGAAGCUUUCUUCCUCCUUCUCUCCAACUUUACUGGCCUGCGAUUGCAUUACCUUUGUCCUGCUGAUGAUGAGGAUGAAGAUGAGAAAAAGAAGACGGAGGAAGCAGAGGGAGAAGCUGCAACGUCCUCAAUAGAAUCAUCAGCAACUACAAGCGGAGAGAAAGAACUGAGCACACCUGUUUGUUGUGGAGAAGUACGUCGAUGGUCCCACGGCAGCUACACUCUGCUGCAUGAUGGGGAGGCAGCGUCGGCAGAGUAUGCACUGGACCUUGUUUUGCCUUUUGGUUGCACAGAGUGGCAGUCAGAGUUCGGGGGUUUCACAUCUUAUGUUGCCAAUGAAGAGGAUGAAGAACUCCUCACGGUGUAUCCAGAAGACAAUUCCCUCGCCCUCGUUUACAGAGACAAAGAAACUCUCAAGUUUGUCAAACACGUCAACCACAAAAGCUGCUCUGUGGGUAGUUCUACUUGCAAAGGGUUAUAUGACUUUUCUUUUGUCUACUAUGAAUAAACAGCAUUUGUAUACGUUUGUGAGUUUCUUAACAAGUAUUUGUGUUCUUUCUUUUUUUCUAAGCCGAUCGCCCAGCUUAUUUAAAAACAUUUUGUCUUCAGCUUUUGCUUAAACAGAUUUGGACUUUUGGCAGCAAUGUGCUGGGGAUCAAAGUAUCAAUUAUGUAUGAACCACACCAGCCAAUCCAAACUGGAUUUGAAUUAGCGUUGUUAUAAUGCUUACAUUUUAUUGUCAGAACUGAAAUUGUUAAUGUAGUUGAUGCUACCUUUUCAGGACAUGAAAGGAUUACUGGAUGAGGUUAGUGGGGUUUAUACUCAACAUGACAGCAGGUGGCCUGUUCAGAGGACAUGAAUGCUAACGUUUGUUUAUAGUAAAUGAGAGCUCCACAGAGGCAAAGAACCUAAGCCCAAUAAAACACCUACCAAAAGACAACAGAACUAUAUAGGGUAUAAAGAUGGCCAUACAGAAGUAAACCAUCAAAAGAGAAUGCACACAGAUGCAGCGUCAAAAUGAUGACUAUGGCAGACAUCCACAAAAAAAAACCCCAAAACAAAUCCAUGUUUGUUCUUACUUUUGUCUCUUUUGGCCCGGUGUCUAAGUAAAGUAAUGAGACUCUUAAGAAGUCUAAGCCCACGAGUUUGCAUAAGAAUCCGGAGCUGGCUGAGUAGCUAAAAGUGCCUUUUUGCCUUCCAUUAUAAUGAAAAAGAAAUGAUUGUCCAUAAAUAAACCUAACAAAACUCAUUAAAAGGGAAAAGGGAUUGCUUCGUAGAACAUAAAACUU